AACAUCCCGUUCAUAUAUUCGUUGUGUUGUUGACAAUAAAUAUUUUGUGUUCAAAAUAACAUUAUGCCUAACACAAAGAAAUUGAAGAAAUUAAAAUAACAUUACAAAAUGGAUAAUAAUCAAAUAAACACUGUCGAAGUUUGCUUAAAAUCUUUGUUAUUUGUGUUUAAUAUUGUAUUUUGGCUCAUUGGAUUAAUAUUCCUUGGAUUGGGACUAUGGGCUGAGUUGGAAUUGUACAAGUACAUGGAGCUAUCUCCAGAUUUUUCCGGCACCGGUCCAUACGUCAUCAUUGGAAUGGCUGCUUUCAUCGUCAUCAUCAGCUCAGUGGCUUUCUCUUGCAUCAUCAAAGGGCAGCCAGUGCUUUUAUUUAUCUACGGUGGGUUUUUGGUUUGCAUGUUUCUGGUCAACUGUGGCAUCUUCGCUUCUGUGGUCUGCUUCAAUCAAUCCUUCACGAAAGGUCUUCACGACGGCCUUACGCAGUCCGUUAUGUAUUAUGAUAGAAACAGAACAAACAUUGGAUUCGUACAAUCCACAUUGCAUUGCUGCGGCGUUUCGAACUACACGGACUGGUCACGGCUGUCCCCCCAUCGAGUGAUCCCUACGUCCUGCUGCGUGGAGCAGAGUCACUGUGUCACGGCUAACUACAACGACGUGUACCAAGUGGGCUGCUACGAAAUAAUCAGCGAGUACAUUGAAAAAAAUAUUAUGACGGUCGGGAAAAUUGCGAUUGCAAUCACGCUGCUCCCAGUUAUUGGAGCUGGGCUAUCCUGCGGUCUUGCCGGGAACUUGAAGUGCAUGAACUACGAUGUUUUCGACGACUUGGUUGAAUAAAUAAGUCAACGACAAUGACGUUCUACAUUGCCGCAUUUACUCGUUGUAUUUUUUUUUAUGGAAUAGGAGGACAAACGAGCGUACGGGUCACCUGUUGUUAAGUGAUCACCGCCGCCCACAUUCUCUUGCAACACCAGAGGAAUCACAAGAGCGUUGCGGGCCUUUAAGGAAGGUGGUGUACCCAUGUCGUAUCGUCCCGGAAACACCGCACAAGGAAGUUCAUUCCACAGCUUAGUAGUACGUGGAAGAAAGCUCCUUGUAAACCGAUCGGUGGAGGACCGCCACACAUCCAGAUGGUGGGGAUGAUAUCCUAACUUGUGGCGUGUCGUGCGAAGGUGGAAUUCGGCGGCAGGAAUCAGGUUAAACAGCUCUUCGGAACACACGGAACACAUGCGGUAGAAGACACACAAUGAAGCGACGUCUCUACGCAACGCCAAGUGAUCCAGCCGUUCACAGAGCACUAGGUUCCCGACAAUUCGAGCUGCUCUGCGUUGCACGCGGUCAAAUGGAUCGAGCUGGUACUGGGGUACGCCAGACCAGAUAUGACAGCAAUACUCCAUGUGUGGCCGGACCUGCGCUUUGUACAACGCUAGAAUUUGGACCGGCUUGAAGUAUUGCCGUUCUCUAUUAAUGAAAUUAUUAUUAUUAUUAUGUUUAAAAUAUUCUUGGUUUAAUAAGCAGCAAUGUAGAACAAUUUUUCAGUUCAGGUUUGAUUCGGACAGUGACAUUUGGCUCACGACUAAGGACAAAAUUGUGCUUACAUUGUCUUUAAGCACACUUUUACCGUUCCGAUAUCAGACUGUGAAUGAUAAUAUGUGUAUAGAACGUCAUCGGAUAUGUCUAUGUUGAUAGAUUUUUGAACAGGAAGCCAAACUAGGCUGUUAAUUGCUUAUCACCGCCUUAUGCCUUCUUGAAGGAAGAGUUUAGUUUUAAACGGUUUUUUGAAGGUGACAUAUGUGUAUGGCCGGCCUUAGCUAUUAUUAAUUUUUAUUUAGUAAAGCCAUUUUGAAAGAUUGUCAACGAUAUCGCUCAAAACAAACCUCAAUUAUUAACUAUUAUGCUUUUUCGACUGAAUUUUGUAUCUACCUACUCUAUACUCAGGUAUUUAUUGUAUUUUUUAUUCCUACCUAUCUUCU